AUGAACAAUUACAAUAUUUGGGUGAAAAUUUCCGAGCAUUUUUUAGAUCAUAUAUUACUAUAUGUUGGCAAAGAUAUUAAACGCUUGCCAGCAUUUCGAAUUACCUUUUAUUAUUUGCUUCAUAUACAAGCCUAUCAGUUUUAUUAUCUUCGAUUUGUACCAACUAUAUAUACAAAAUUUUUUCCUAUAAAUCCAACUAAACAGUAUUAUCCACAACAAGUUGUUUGGAUUGAGAAUGGCGGAGAAGAACUUCGGGCACCAAAAUUAGAUUAUACUUUAAAUGAUAUGGAAUUUAUAGCAUUAUCAAAUUUUUAUAAAGCUAAUUUGGAUGAAAAUAUUGCGGAGUUAAAUGACUGGGAAGUAAAAUAUUCCAAAUUGCGAACCAAAGAAGGUUAUAUGCUUGGUUCUUUGAUGUCAAAAGUAGUAGCUAAUGCACGCAACAAUUCAUGUGUAAUGUAUGAACUUGAAACCAAUAUUGCUAGGCCAAAAGAUCCAGAAAAGUAUGAAUUGCGAAAAUACUUUGGUUGUGUUUUAUUAUGUGUUUCAAGGAAAAUAUCAAUUGCUUGCAUAUAUUCACAAUGUAAAAAAUAUGCGAAAAGGAUCAUAUAA